GCUCAGUCUGUUCAGUCGAUGCGGCUCAACAAUGGCCUUGACUCCACGCUCCUCUCGGUUCGCAGUGACCCAUCGUGUGUACCGCCCUCGUAGGCCAGUACAUAACCAUGGCACCCCCAGCUGAAGAGGUACUGCCUCUGGUUUCCGUUGCUAUAAAGCAGCGACCUUUCAGCUGGCAUAGCUUUGGAUCCCUGGAAAGCAAGCACAACGUCGCAGCUUAUACAUGAUGGCCCACUUUCAACCCUUCCCAGACCUCCCGCAUACAUCCUCCGAGGACAAUCUGCCCCAGGAUUAUGAACUAUUUCCCUGUCAGUACGAGCCUUAUGCGGACCCCACGGCUAUUCAACGCCCUUCAAGCUUCCAACUUCAUCUCUCUCCUCCUAUCGACCUACCUAUGAAGAACCCUUACAUCGCCCCGUCCAUGUCGUGGUCAAACGAGCCAGUCUUACCUCAAAACACCGACGCAUUGACUGCUACUUCUUCUGAGUUCGGCUCACCUUGGAGCAAUGAACUCGUCUCCAGUCCAGAAGCGAAAGACAGUCUCGCCACCGGUAGCUCGAGUUGGUUCAGCAUGGGAUGCUAUAUGUCUCCUCCAUACACCUGCGACGAAGUCGCACUUCCGCCAUUGGGAUUCGGGACUUGUUCUUCCCCAUCUGCUCUAACAGACGUUGACAGUCUGGUGGCGCCUUCCCAAGUAUAUCCCGACCCCGACCCUAUUGUGAAACUUGAGUCAGAUUCGGAGCAUGUUAUGGGCGGAACGUUUUGCUACAACAGCCCUCCCCAGCACGAUGAAUUCGAUACCGGCUGUGACAUUCAAAGUUGCCAAUACGCAGAGACAGCAGGUCAGCAAGAAGCCUGUAGCUCUUCCAGUGAUCAGCUCAAGACACCGAGGCUGUCUAGCACGAACACAGGCCGCAUCAGCAAGAAGCGGCCUCGCAAAACAUCCACCAAAGCAAAAUCUACCUCUGCAGCUCGGGCCCUUACCAAGACCGGCAGUAAGAAGGAAAGUGCGAAGUGCAGCCGGGUAUUCAUUUGCAGCUUUUCCCACUAUGGAUGCCAGAGUACCUUCGUUUCGAAGAACGAGUGGAAGCGCCAUGUGACCUCGCAGCACAUCCAACCUGGGUUCUACCGUUGUGACGUCGGACGCUGCAGUCUGGAUAAUCUCAAAGGCAAGGAUCAGGACACGAACAACAGUUGUGCCUCAUUCAACGAGACACAUCUUGUAAAUGACUUCAACCGAAAGGAUCUCUUCACCCAACACCAGCGUCGCAUGCAUGCUCCUUGGGUCGGACGCAACAGCAAGAAGCCCGAAACUGAGAAAGAGCGCGAUGAUUUCGAGCAGAGCCUUGAAGCGGUUCGGGCUCGUUGCUGGCAUGAACAGCGCAAGCCACCUACCCAGAGCGCCUGUGGUUUCUGUGGACAGCGGUUCAUUGGAGUCCGGAGUUGGAACGAUCGAAUGGAGCAUGUUGGUCGUCACUACGAGAAAGGUGACGCGAACCAUGAAGCCGAGGAUACUUUCUUGCGCCAAUGGGCAGUGGAAGAAGACAUCAUCCGGCAGGUGGAAGGGGAGUGGAAGUUGGUCGGUCUUUGCGAGAAGUGAAGUGAAGGCUACAAUUCCUUCCCAAACGAUCCAACUACUGCCCCUCCCCGCCUUCCUUUUCCUCUUCUCUAACCUUUCAUUUUUCUGGGUUUGACCUGCUUCUUUAUUUUCUCUUUAUUUCCUAUGUUGAUUCAUCUACUUCCUUUUAAUAUUCCCGGUCUGGCUAUGGAUUCUGCACGUCUACGUGUGCGGGGCUGACUGAGAUGAUGAUUAAUGACUGAUAUCCUGUAUUCACUAUGUUUUAUGUCAUGUUUAUUGGACCCCUUUGAGGUUUCCCUGGUUUUGCACAAUACCCCAUACACAGUGAGAGAAAGGAGCAAGGGAUUGCUGAGCUACAUGGUUUUGGUUUUCGGCAUUAUUCGAGCACGUGGAGUUCAUGACGAAUAGAGAAUGCGAUG